CAUGCGCAAACACAAUGUUGAUUUUGAGCGCAAAUUUUAAGUUUCAAAACAAAAUCUAAGAAAGUCUGUAAAUUUACCAAAUGAUCGAUUCCACAAAAUAGUCAGCCAUGCAUAUUAAGUCUAUGGUUAUCGAUGGGUUUAAAUCGUAUGCCCAAAGAACUGAAGUUUACGGAUUCGAUCCACUUUUUAACGCGAUCACUGGAUUGAAUGGAAGUGGAAAGUCGAACAUUUUAGAUUCAAUUUGUUUUCUGUUGGGAAUCACUAAUCUAUCACAUGUGAGGGCAACUAACCUUCAAGAGCUUGUGUACAAAAAUGGCCAGGCAGGAGUCACAAAGGCAACAGUUAGCAUCACAUUUGACAAUCUUGACAAAAAACAGAGUCCACUUGGUUAUGAGCAGUAUGAUGAAAUCACCAUCACAAGACAGGUUGUGGUCGGUGGCAGAAACAAAUACCUCAUCAAUGGGAGCAAUGCUAACAACACCCGUGUGCAGGAUCUUUUCCGAUCAGUCCAGCUCAACGUGAACAAUCCACACUUCCUGAUCAUGCAGGGGCGAAUCACAAAGGUUUUGAACAUGAAACCGCCAGAGAUCUUGUCAAUGAUAGAGGAAGCAGCCGGCACCAGGCUGUAUGAGAGCAAGAAAGAGGCGGCACAAAAAACCAUUGAAAAGAAAGACGCCAAACUCAAGGAGAUUGACACUGUAUUGAAGGAGGACAUCACACCUACCAUUACAAAACUGAAGGAUGAGCGAUCCUCGUAUCUCGAGUUUCAGAAGAUUAACCGCGAGCUGGAACACCUCAACAAGCUGUACAUAGCCUACCAGUUCAUCUGUGCCGAGGAGAAGAAAAAGCGUUCAGUUGAGGAGCUGUCUCAGAUGCAAGAAAACAUACAGGCACUCACGGACAGGAUGACGGAGAUUGAUGUCAAAGUCAAGGAACUAGACGAAGUGAUUGCACGUCUUGAGAAAAAGCGUGAUGAGGAAUCUGGUAGUGUGAUGCAGCGCCUCGAGGCCACUCUUUCAGAGAACAAAAAACAAGAGGCCGUUGCACAGAGUGCAGUGGAUAACAAGAAGGAGGGCCUUAAGGCUGAGAAUAAGAGGAAGAAGGAGCUGACCAAGAACUUGAAUGAUAACAACACAGCAAUCAAAGGUCGUGAGAAGGACCUUGAAAAGCUAGCAAAGGAGCUAGAAAACCUUGAAAAACAGAGUGACGCAGACAAAGAAGCUCACACGGCCGCACAGAAACACUAUCAGGCUGUUACCGCGGGCCUUUCCAGCAACGAUGAUGGACAGGCUGCAACACUGAAUGACCAGCUUAUAACUGCCAAGAGUGAGAUCAGCAAUGCAGAAACAGAGGCAAAACAGGCUGCCAUGAAAUUGAAGCACGCCCAGCAGGAGUUAAAGAAAAAAGAAGGGGACCUGAAGAAAACAGAACAGGGUUAUCAGAAGGACAAACAGGCGUUUGAUGGUGUGGUUCAAAAUCUCAACAAACUUGAGGCUGAGCUUAAGAAGCUGAAUUAUGAGGAAGGGAAGGAUGAGCGACUUGACUCAGAGAGACGAUCUCUUACACAGGAAAUUAACCGGCUACAGGAUAAAUUGGAGACACUUGAAGCUCGGUUCCCGAGGAUGCAUUUCGACUACCGAGACCCAGAAAAGAACUUUGAUCGUCGUCGAGUGAAUGGCCUCGUGUUGAAGCUGAUUAAGGUGAAAGAUGUGAGAAGUGCACUCGCCCUGGAGGUUGUGGCAGGAGGCAAGCUGUACAACGUAGUUGUGGACACCGAAAACACUGGCAAACAGCUGCUUCAGAAAGGGGAGCUCCGCCAACGUGUGACGAUCAUCCCGCUGAAUAAGAUCUCCGCGCGUGCCAUUCCUGGUGACAUUGUCAAACGUGCUGAGGGGCUGGUUGGCCCAAACAAUGUCCACACAGCUCUUUCUCUGAUUACCUACGAGGGAGACCUAGAAUCUGCGAUGCAGUUUGUGUUCGGCACAGCGUUUGUCUGCCCAGACAUGGACACAGCUAAGCGUGUCACGUUUGAUGAUCGUAUUCAGAAGAAGACUGUAACACUGGGGGGCGACUCAUUUGAUCCUGCCGGGACACUUACUGGAGGUUCCCGACCUCAGACAAACUCGAUUCUGGAAAAACUAGAUGAGUACCAGCAGACGGAGACAGCCUUGAGACAGAAGCAAGAGCAGCUAGCGAGGGUGGAACAGGAACUGGCUAAUAUACGCACUGUAGCUCAGAGGUACACAAAGAUAAAACAGCAAUUUGACUUGAAACAGCAGGAAGUAGAUCACUUAAAGGAGAGGAUGGAACAAGGCUCUCACCAUCAGCAGUUGGAGGAAAUAAACCUCCUCAGGUCCAAUAUGGCUGAAUAUGAAGACACAGCAAAGAGAACAGAAGAAGUGAAGAAAAAGAACGCAGCCAAGGUCAAGGACCUGGAAAAUAAGAUUAAGAACCAGAAACAACUACGUGAGAACGAGCUCAAGGAUGCGGAGAAAGAAGUGGGCGCCUCGAAGAAAAAGAUGGAGGAGUCCAGUAAGAAAAUGAAGACCAAGUUUCAGGAAGUGGACAGUAUAAAGUUGGAGGUUGAAGAGCUGCGAAAGGAGAUAACCUCGUAUGAAGAGCAGUUGAAAACUGUGGAUGAAACAUCUAGCCAGUACAACGAUCAGCUAGCCGAACUAGAGGCUAAAACUGCUGAAGCUCGGGAAGUUGUUAAAGCUGCACAAGAUGAAGUAAACAAGCAGAAGGCCCUGUUGAAAGAAUGUAACAAGGACAUUGGGACGAAAGUCAAUGAACAAAAGAGCCUCCAAAAGGAGAGUCAUAGCGGGGAGAUAAAAAUCAAGGAGCAGGAAAACAAGGUCACCAAGUUUCAGAAGGAAUCUAAGGAUGCUGCAAAGAUGGUGGAGAAUAUGCUGGAAAAUUACGACUGGAUCGUUGACGAGAGGAAAUACUUCGGCCAGCCAAAUACAGCAUACGAUUUCAAGGUGAAUGAUCCAAAAGAGUCUGAACGUCGUAUACAGAAGUUGACCGAGACUAAAGAGCGCCUGGCAAAGAGCGUCAACAUGCGAGCUAUGAACAUGCUUGGGAAAGCUGAGGAACAGUACACAGAUCUGAUGAAGAAGCGUAAGAUAGUUUUGAACGACAAGGCAAAAAUCUCUGCAGUGAUUGCUGAACUGGACCAGAAAAAAAAUGAAGCUUUAAAGAAAGCAUGGGAACAGGUGAACAAGGACUUUGGUUCCAUCUACGCGACCCUUCUACCCGGGGCCAAGGCUAAGCUGGCUCCACCCGAGGGUCAGUCGGUACUGGAGGGUCUUGAGGUCAAGGUCGGGUUUGGGGAUGUUUGGAAGGACUCUCUCUCGGAACUUAGUGGGGGGCAGAGGUCCCUGAUCGCGUUGUCGCUGAUCCUAGCCAUGUUAUUGUUCAAGCCAGCACCAAUCUAUAUUCUUGAUGAAGUGGACGCAGCUCUUGAUAUUUCUCACACUCAAAACAUCGGCCAGAUGAUCAAGUCCCACUUCAAACAUUCACAAUUCAUAGUUGUCUCCCUAAAGGACGGCAUGUUCAACAAUGCAAAUGUCCUUUACAAGACAAAGUUUGUUGAUGGUGUCUCCACGGUAACGCGAUACGUCCAGCAUGCAAACCGAUCAGACGAUGCAAAAGAAAAUGGCGGACAGGCAGGAAAUGCAAAGAAAAAACAGACUGGAAACAAACGGCCGAGAGUGGAAGGUGUUGCUUGAAAUGGAAAUCAAUACUCUUGACAUUUCUUUCUUUUUCUGAAUAUGUAGCCAGUGUAAUAAGAGGGAGCUAUUGUAA